AUGCAAAGUUUGUAUCUUAAACCAAGAGACGAAGUUGAAUCCGAAGAAACAACAAAAGCUUUAGAGCCCGCACAUGUUCCAGAUCCAUGCCAAUUUGUUAAAAAUCACAUUUCUCUAUCAUAUACAAACGAGCCUGGUAAAAUGGCCGCCGUUCACGGUACAACAACACUCUCCUUCAUCUACAACGGAGGUAUUGUCGUUGCCGUCGAUUCUCGUGCAACAGGUGGUCAAUUCAUCUUCUCGCAAACAGUUAUGAAAAUCCUUCCACUUGCACCAAAUAUGAUUGGAACUAUGGCUGGUGGUGCUGCCGACUGCCAGUAUUGGCUUCGUAAUCUUUCUCGUCUUAUUCAACUUCACAAAUUCCGCUAUCAACAACCAUUAACAGUUGCCGCUGCUUCUAAAAUACUUGUUAACGAACUUUACAGAUAUAAGGGAUAUAACCUCUCUAUUGGCUCAAUGAUUUGCGGUUACGACAACACCGGCCCACAUAUUUUCUACAUCGACAACCACGGAUCUAGAAUUGCUGGAAAGAGAUUCUCCGUUGGUUCAGGUUCAACACACGCUUAUGGUGUACUUGAUACUUGCUAUCGCGAAGAUAUGACAAAGGAAGAAGCUUGCGAACUUGGCCGUAGAGCAAUUUACCACGCUACAUAUCGUGAUUCUGGCUCUGGUGGUCGUGUUUCUGUUGUCCAUAUUACUCAGAAUGGCGUUGAAUGGAUUGAUAAGACUGAUGUUUUCGAUAUGCAUGAUUUCUCAAAGACAACAUUCUAA